GGCUCUCGGCUGCCCGGCGGGGCGAGCGCUUCCCCGUGCCCCCAGAAGAGCUCCCGGGCACCGGCGCCGCAUGAGGGCCGGGGCGGGGGGAGGGACACUGCAGCAGGGCAGGGGGAUGUUAUUUAACGGCGGCUCCAGUCUCCUCCCCCUCGCCUGUUUUGCUGGGGGAAGGGGAGAGAGGGCUGUAAGGAAGGACUAAACCGCGGGGAGCGGGGGGCUCAUGCCGGGAGCGGGCAGGGCCCCCAGCAGCUGAGGCCGCCGGCGAGCGGCGGGGCAAGCGGGAGCCGCGCACCCCCCGCGGCCGCGGGGACCGUCUCGGGCAGCGGGAGCCCGGGGCUCGGCUGCCAUCGGCUUCUGGAAGCCUCCGCUGAGCUCCCGACGACAAGCUUGGGCUCGGAACCCCGGGGAGAGGCGGAGAUCUUUCUGGUACUUCAGCAUCUCCCGGUGUCCUCGGCAGAGGGAAGGACGGCGGGUCAGCAUCCCGGCACCUCGCACCGGGGAAGAACUCCCUGCGUCCCCCAAGAGGAGAUGCGCCCGAGCUGGGGGACGCGGUAGCUGCUGGGUUUAGACAUCCCAGCUCCACAAGGAGAAGAGACUCGUUUCUCUGCUGUAUCUAUGGCAGGUACCCCGGGAGGGGUCAAUCCUCAUUGCCUGAGGCUAAUAAUUUGUGCCUGAGGCUGCCAGACCUGCCUAGGACACACCGCAAAACUCCUGGAAGAGGCAGAGACAGGCCUUAAUGAAUGUGCUGAUGACACUCAACUGAAAACAUCUGUGCUGCUACUCUCCCUUGAAAAGAAAGGAGCACCCCCCGGGCCGGGAAGAGGCACUGUUGCUCAGUGAGGGUCUUCUCCUGCCACUGAGGCCCUGUGGGGGACAGGAGGCUUCUCAGCUGCUGGGCCCUGCCCCAUGACUAACACAAAGGACCCGAAGAGAGCGAUGGACUCCUCUCCGGUGACCUCCAGCUCCGCGUCAGGCCCUGUUACCUUCUCGCAAGUUUUCGGGCAGCAGUGCCAGCUGAUGGAAGCAGCCGUGGAGUCGCUGCAUUCCUUGAACGACCAGAUCUCCCAUUUUAUCGUCAACAAGUCGAAAACGCUGGAUGAAGAUGAAGACGCCUUUUUGCCCAGCGAGAAGGAAUCUCUGAAAAACUCCAUGAUGCUGAUGAGGCACCUCCUAAUGGACGCACAGGCCAAAAUCCUCCACAUGAUGGACGACAACAAGCAGCUGGCGCUGCGCAUCGACGGGGCGCUGGCGGCGGCGGGCCAGGAGGUGACGGCGCUGCGAGCCGAGCUGGCCGCCACCGGCCGCCGCCUGGCCGAGCUGGGCAACGACCCGGCCAUGGAGCACGGCCCCCACAGCGCGCAAGCGCUGCUGCGGGAGGAGGUGGCCCAGCUGCAGGAGGAGGUUCACCUGCUCCGGCAAAUGAAGGAAAUGCUGGCCAAGGACCUGGAGGAGACGCACGGCAGCAAGUCGCCCGAGGUCCUCUCGGCCACCGAGCUGAAGGUGCAGCUAGCCCAGAAGGAGCAGGAGCUGGCCCGCGCCAAGGAGGCUCUGCAGGCCAUGAAAGCCGACCGCAAGCGCUUGAAGUCGGAGAAGACGGACCUGGUGAGCCAGAUGCAGCAGCUGUACGCCACGCUGGAGAGCCGCGAGGAGCAGCUCCGCGACUUCAUCCGCAACUACGAGCAGCACAGGAAAGAGAGCGAGGACGCGGUGAAAGCCCUGGCGAAGGAGAAGGACCUCCUGGAGCGGGAGAAGUGGGAGCUGCGGCGACAAGCCAAGGAGGCGACGGACCACGCCAGCGCCCUCCGCUCCCAGCUGGACCUGAAAGACAACCGCAUGAAGGAGCUGGAGGCCGAGCUGGCCAUGGCCAAGCAGUCCCUGGCCACGCUGACCAAGGACGUCCCCAAGCGCCAUUCCUUGGCCAUGCCAGGCGAGACGGUGCUGAACGGCAACCAGGAGUGGGUGAUGCAGGCCGACCUCCCGCUGACGGCCGCCAUCCGGCAGAGCCAGCAGACCCUCUACCACUCGCACCCCCAGCACUCGGCGGACCGGCAAGCGGUCAGAGUGAGUCCCUGUCAUUCCCGGCAGCCGUCCAUCAUCUCCGACGCCUCCGCGGCCGAGGGCGACCGGUCGUCCACGCCGAGCGACAUCAACUCGCCCCGGCAUCGAACGCACUCGCUCUGCAACGGGGACAGUCCCGGACCGGUACAGAAGAACUUGCACAACCCAAUCGUACAGUCUCUAGAGGACCUGGAAGACCAAAAACGGAAAAAGAAGAAAGAGAAGAUGGGCUUCGGCUCCAUCUCCAGGGUGUUCGCCCGGGGGAAGCAGCGCAAGUCCCUCGACCCCGGCCUCUUCGACGGUACGGCCCCCGACUACUACAUCGAGGAGGACGCGGACUGGUGACCCCCCGCCCCGUGCCGCGCCGAUGUACAUACCCCCCCUCGAUCCCCGCCUGUGGACGUGUUGCCUGUCGUCUUGGGAGCGAUGCAGCCGUGUCGUAACUUCAGUUUUUCCCCCUUUUUUAUUUGUAUGUGUUUUUCUUUUCCCAUACCGGUAACUCCUUUGUCGUCGCUUCAGUUUGUCGGUUUGGG